CUCCUUCUUGUGUGGGAGAGUCAGACGUCGGGCUGGAGCAGGUGUAGUGCGGGUCAGCUUGUUGUUCCAUCAUGGUCGAGAAGUUUGUCGGAACUUGGAAUUUAGUUUCCAGCGAGAACUUCGACGAGUACAUGAAGGCGGUCGGUAUGAGCUUUGCCAGUCGGCAAGUGGGCAACUUGGCCAAGCCGAAGCUGGUGGUAAACGUGGGAGCUGACGGGGUUAUAUCCAUGAAGGCUGAGAGCACGCUGAAGACCGCAGAGGUCAAGUUCAAGCUGAAUGAAGAGUGCGAUGAGACCACAGCAGACGGCCGUAAAGCAAAGUCUCUCUUCACUCUUGAGAAUGGCAAGCUUGUGCAGACGCAGUCAUGGGAUGGAAAGACGACAACGCUGGAACGGGAGAUUCAAGACGAUGGAAAACACAUGGCUGUUAAAUGUACCAUGAACGACGUGGUUGCGGUGAGGACGUAUGAAAAAUCUGCUUGAUACCCCAGGCUGUCACCAAGACAAACUCCCUAAACCAUUUUAUAACGCAAUAAAACUUAACUUGUGG